CCUGAACAAAGGUAGAACAGCCUGCCUCAAAAAACCCACUUCCUUAAGGCAAGGCCCAUGGUCUGUAUAAAAUGCCAGCUGGCCAGAGACACCCCACCAGACCCGAGAGGCCCGACAACUUGAACUUUUCUCUGUGCCAGGUCCGGCCUCCUCUGAAGCAUGAGUUCCCACCAGCAGAAGCAGCCCUUCGUCCCACCCCCUCAGCUUCAGCAGCAGCAGGUGAAACAGCCCUCCCAGCCUCCUCCCCAGGAACCAUAUGUCCCCCAAACCAAGGAGGCGUUCCACACCAAGGUGCCACAACCUGGCCACACCACGGUGCCACAACCUGGCCACACCAAGGUUCCGGAGCCAUACCACCCCAAGCAGCCCGAACCAAGCAAGCCUACGUUUCCUGAGCAGGGUCACACCAAAGUCCCUGAGCCGGUCCACCCUAAGUUCCCUGAGCCUGGCCAGUCGAAGACUCCUGAGCCAUCUCCCUCAGUGGUCAUCCCAGGCCCAGCCCAGCAGAAGACCAAGCAGAAGUAAAGUGGGCCACAGCCACACGCCUGAGGAGCCGACCCGGCACUGAAUGCCUCCGCUUCUGCUUCUGUGUCCUACCUGCCUACAGACCUUGUAUCUGCAUGUUCUCACCCUGCCUUUCCUAUUUGCAUCUAAAAAUAUGUGCUAUGAAGCUCUUCCUUACACUAACUUUGGAGGUCCCCUGAGCCUCUAAAUUACACAGGGGUCUUAGUGGUUUUAGUCUAAAUUACUGCUCAGGGUUCAUCCGAAGAGGGAAUCUGGAUGGGAAGAAAUGCAUGUUUCCU